AUGUUCGAAGAGGAGGAAAAGGCGCAAGUAUUCUUGAAUGAACUGACCAAAGUCAUCCCGUUCUUUGAUAUGCACUUUGCACCUACAAAGUGUAAGGUCAUACUUAUGGACGUGCAGUCACUGAACACGCCCUUUACAAUCCAGGGAGAGGUACUGGAAGUUGGGGAGCGUUUUACGUACCUUGGAAGUUGUAUUAGUUCUGAUUGUAGUGUGACAGAUGAGGUGAAUACACGAAUCUCCAAGGCUCGGGCCGCGUUUGCUUACUUGAGACUCCUGUGGCGUCAGAAGGGUUUAUCCCUGAAUCUGAAGGGACGUGUGUAUCAAGCUACAGUACGGGCUGUUUUGUUGUAUGGCUGUGAGACUUGGCCUAUUCGAGCAGCGGACCUGAGACGUCUUCAGAUGUUUGACAGCCGUUCCCUCGGAAAUCGUUUAGAACUUCGUCCAGCUGAGGAACACCUUCAAGGCUUCAUCAAUAAGUACCGAGAGUGGCUUAUUCCCGAUAUACUUGGAGAAGGGAAACCGGAAGACCUAGCUACUAAGCUGGUCGAAAGUAGAAAUAUCGUGGAUUAUGCCAGGGCUGCCCACCUUACGAAAGCGCAAGUCCAGCGCCUCAUUGAGCUGUUGAUGGGAGUGAAGUCGGGCAAACAGAUUCUUCUCCACAUGAUGGGCAUGCCUUUGGGAGCGUGGAGUGAACUGUAUGUGCUGUUCUACCGCAUCUACUUGAGUGGAUUCCUUAACGAUGUGGAUCAGCUGCAGACCGCCGAGGAUCAACGGGAUAGCUACUGGACGAAACGCCGCUUUCAACGCCACUUUCACUGAGUCUACCAAGAACUGCUGAAAAGCCAUUCUAUAAACCUUGUCACAGAUAACCGAUAGCAUUCAGACUGAUGCUCAACACUAAGUAAACAAGAUAUGCA